AUGGGAAAGGAUCCGUUGGUUCUGAUACUCGGUUGGGGAGGAUGUCACAUCAAACAACUCGGGAAAUACGUUCAGCUCUACAACAAAUUGGGGUGAGUCCUCCCUAAUGGCCUCACAAUUUCAUUUUUCCGUAUCUUAGCUUCGAAUCCAUCGCGAAAAUACCUCCGGCCUUUGACAGUAACUUUUGGAUUCAACUCUCUGAAGCCGAUCGCUUUUAUCACCGCGAGUUCCGGCCAAUCGUCCAUGAAGAUCGUCCUCUGAUCGUGCACACGUUCAGCGUUAAUGGAAGUGGACAAUUUGCCAACAUCUGGGAUAAUCUGAGUCGUGAACAGGAUGGCAACAUCAUCAAAAAGCGGGUCAAGGGAUGGAUUGCAGACAGGUGGGGCCUAAACCAACCGUGAUAAUUUCUUCUUUUGUCAUCAUUUACCUAAUAAUAAUAAUUCAGUGGGCCAGCCAAUUCCGGACGACUCGGCCAGUUCUUCCGAGCCCAUCUGAACGAAAUCCCCAGAUCCAAACGCAACCCGCUGACCCUCACUUACGCCGUAAUACGUCGUCUCCCGUUCAUUGCAUCAGCAUAUCCAAAAUUCAAAGUCCAAACUGCCAUCAACAAGGAGAAUAUGAAACACAUGGUGCCUUACAAUCAUCUCCUUUCCUUUCCUGACCUGCCUCAACAUCAACUUUAUCUGUAUUCCAAAGCGGACUUUGUUUGUUAUCAUCGGGAAAUCGCAGCAUUCAAGGAUGAUCAGCUGGAGAAGGGGAAAACUGUGAAAUGGAAAUGCUGGAACGACUCAGAACAUGUGAAUCAUUUUGGAAGACAUCCAAUGGAAUAUGCUGAACUCAUCGCCCAGCAUCUCGAGUCUACGUUGAACAUUGAAAUCGCUAGAAAACAUCAAUGA